GACCUGGGGGAAGCAGGAGACGACCAAGCGGCGGUGCCUUGGGGCGACAUAGACGAAGGGGCGCGCGACCUCAUCGGCCGCGCUCCAGAGUGCCAUUGCACUGCUGGCGCAGAUAUACCUGAUUGGGCGCAGAUCUUCAGAUCGGGUGGAUCAAACAAGGGGUGGGGUGACGGCGAAGCCUUCACUGCGGGCGACCGCGAGAGCGAGCUGUACCGCGAGUGGCCCGAGCGCGGCGUGCCCAGCCAG